AUGUCCGACUCCAACUUGCCCCCUCACGCCAACAUAUGUCUUAUUAUAUGCGAUCCCACUAAAGAAGAAUUCAUCGACUCCUAUGGUAACAUCACUAACCUCUUCACCAAUCUAUACACAAAACUUCUCCUUCGCCUCACGCGCGAGCCUUCGUCUCUUUUACCUAUGGUUUUGAAGUCGUUCCGCAUUCACCCUUAUAACGUCGUCCAAGACAAUUUCCCCGACAUCAAGACCAUUGAUCAGUUUGAUUCCAUCCUUGUUUCGGGAUCUGCAAACGGUGUCAACGAUCCCGACCAGUGGAUCGAGAAACUUGGGAAGCUGCUCCACACAGUUGCGACCGAUCACCCAAAGGUCAAACUCAUGGGUGUGUGCUUCGGCCACCAGAUUAUUUCUAAGGCCGUUCUCGGGUUACCAGUCGGGGAAAACCCCAAGGGUUGGGAGAUUGGGCCAUACGAGGUUAACCUCAACGAAACUGGCAAACAACUGUUCGAGAAUCACGAACAUUUGAAUGUUUCAAUGUUCCACCACGACGCCGUGUUCACGCGUAGCCAGCUGGCCUUUUUCGACGAACUUGUUGAAACUACGCCGUACAGCUCCAAUGUCCCGCAGAACGAGUACAAAAUAUGGGCCAGUACCCCUGCGACGGCUAACCAGGGUGUCAUCUCUAUGAACAAGCAGGCCGCCAAGUCUGGCAGGCUGAACGUCGACGACAUCCACAUCUUCACCACUCAAGGGCAUCCCGAGCUGAACCAGGGUAUGACGUCCUACUUGGUCGACCUGUUUGAGCACGAGCUCGGCGCCGAUGUCGCUGCAGAGGCCCGGAAGCGUAUCGCUGACUUCAAGGGGAUUCUCGACUGGUUCCAGCUCUCUAUCGUGAUGUGGGCGUUGACGACCAAGCAUUCUCUUUCGUUGCCCCAGCUUAGUGAGAAAAUCAACGGUUACGAGUCGGCGGUGAAGGGGGUGGAAAAGUCGGGUGGCUUCAAGGCGGAAGCUGCCUUGAUGGAAGAAGAGAAGGUGUUUGUCCUAAUCACGUAG